AUGGACCUCUUUUCUUAGUUAAAUCAGUCCUUACCUGUACUACCUCAAAAUACAACAUUUAUCAAAUAAUCGUUGAGCGAUAAAGCAUUUUCUAUUGAGAAUCUAGACUCAAAGAACCAUAGCAAAGAGCCAAGGAACUUACACUUCUCUGGUAGCUAAUCCGACGAUGAAUUUGAGGAAGAAUCGGAGGAUGAGAACGUAAACUUCAAGCUAACUAAAUAAAAAGAAAAAAGUUAAUAGGACAAUAAGAGUCAACUUAAAAUUAUGCAAGAUUUUAAGCUAUAUAGUGAUGGAAAUGAGGCAACUACAGAGGAAGUCUCUUCAUCAGCAGUAGCUUCUUAAUAACCUAAUAUAAACUCCUUAUAUGAUGAUAUGGAUCAAGAAAUGAGAAAGAGUAUUAUAAAUUCUUCGUUUGAUAUUCCAAUAAAUCCGUUAACUAAUGAAGAAUAUGAUAUAGGCUUCUAUGGAUGCAGAUUUAAAGAUUCCUUAGAGAUGCAUAAAGCUUUCGCUAAUCGAUCUAAUGAUUCUUAUAAGUUUAAGUUCCCUCCAAACAUCAAUGUAUUGGAGGCAAUGGCAACUGCACAAAGAAGAAAAAAGGAGGAGGUGCCGAGAGAAUUUAAUGGAAUGAAUCCUAAAUUAACUGCAUAACAAGGAAUAAUAAAUCCAAAUAUAUUCAAGCAGCCGUCUUUGAUCUUUGAUUCAAGAUAUGAAUGUGGAAAUCUAGAUAUGGCCAUUUAAAUAAAAGACAAUGAGUAUGAUCUGUAUAUGAGAGUAGAUUCUAACACCAGAGGGCAUCAUUAAUGGUUUAAUUUUACAGUACUUAAUGGCAGUGUAAAGGGCCGAGUCAAAUUUAACAUUGUUAAUUUCACAAAAAAUGCAUCGUUAUAUCACCAAGGAAUGAAAAUAAAUAUUCACAGUCAAAAAGAUCAUGAUCAUAGAAAAUAACACGGCCAGUAGAUAAUAAAUGAUGGCUGGAUUAAAGGAGGUGAAAAUAUUUUAUAUAAGCUAUCAAAAUUAUGUCAACAAGGUUUUGGAUAAAGAAAUAACAAUUUUAUUCGAAUGAGAAAGUACUUCUAAGUUUCUUUUGAGCAUGACUUCUAAUAUGAGAAUGAUAAAGUUUAGUUUUCCUAUUCUGUACCCUAUUCAUAUUCAAGACUAUAUAAUUUUCUAAAAACGAUAAAUCGAGAACAUCACUUAUAAAUUCCAGAGACUCAUAAUCAAUUUAUUAAAGAGACAUAAUUGUGCAAAUCAAUAAGUGGCUUAGAAGUUCCUAUUUUAACAAUCACUAGCAGAAUAAACAAGCAAAAUUUUGAAGAAAUAGAUGCAACAGAAUUUCUAACUAAUGAAGUAGCGGAAAAUGAGACAUAAACACCACCGCUAAACAAAUAUAAAAAAUACAUUAUUGUCUGUUCUAGAGUUCAUCCUGGUGAAACAAAUGCUUCAUUCAUAAUGGAAGGAUUUUUAAAAUUCAUAACAAGCACAACUAAUUCAGAGGCUAUAGAACUAAGAAAAAGGAUAAUUUUCAAAAUAAUCCCAAUGACAAAUCCAGAUGGUGUUAUUAUAGGCAACUAUAGAACUUCUCUAUGUGGUAAUGAUCUAAAUAGAUAAUUUAUUAAUCCUAAUACAAAACUUCAUCCGACAGUAUGUUCAAUUAAAGCACUGGUAUCUGGGAUUAUUGAAAACUCAAAAGAAUAAGAGCCAAUAUCAGCCUUCAUUGAUAUCCAUGGCCAUUCACGAAAGAAAUCUAUAUUUAUUUAUGGCCCUUACUUCCCUCUACACAAUGAAAGAUACCUUAAAAUGAGGGUACUUCCUAAAUUGCUCUCUGAAAGAACUGAAAUGUUUAGAUUUUAUAGUUGUAAAUUUAGAAUCUAAAAAUCAAAACUUAAAGCUGCCAGAGUAGUGUUAUGGAAAGAAUUCGGAAUCAUGAAUUGCUUUACAUUAGAAGCAUCAUUUCAUGGUUAUAUAAAUAAAGAAAGAUAGACAAUUCAUUUAACCACAGAAAAUCUUAUGAAAAUGGGAGAAAUUUUAGGAAAUGGGUUUUAUGAAUAUCACACUCUUAUCGAAGAAGAUGAAAAAUAAAGAUUGAUUGUUAAAUAGCAAAUUAAGAAUAAGAAAAAAAGAAUGAAAGCAAAAGAUUUAGUCUAAGCUUAUAGCAAAUAGUAAGAACAGCAAAUUUAAGGAGGAGGAUAAGCUAAGAGCAAGAUCCAGAUACUGGAUCAAAAUUUUUCAUCAGAUUAAGAUGAAAAUAGGUAGUUUAAGAAACAUACUAUUGCAUUGGAUAGAUCAAAUGUAAACUUGGAGGGAAAUGAUAGAUACAGUAAAGGCUUGCCUAAUUAUGCCUUACCUACAAAGAGAUCGUAAUCUUUUAAUAUAAGAGAUUCAAGUUAAUUUAAUAGAAAUCAAUAGAAAGAUUUGAUAAAUCAAAUUUAAAGCAUUCAAAAUAUUGGAGGAGUUGAUGUUGUCAUAGAAGUAAAAAAGUCUGCAGAACAUUCUUCAAUUAAUUCAAUCAAAGAUGAUGAAUCAAAUCCUUCUCAAUAAGAUAGUAAUCCUUAAGAAAAUAAUGAUUAAGAUCGAUCUAAAAUAGACUUGAUAUCAAGAAAGCAGAAGACAAAAUCAGCACUGCAAAAAUCAGAAAAUUAAUAAACUCAGAAAAGAACACUUAAAUCCAUAUACAAACUCUUAAAAAGAGAUAUGAAGGUGAUAAAUAUUUAAUAGCCUGACAAUAAAGGAAAUGAUGAUCUUUAAAAUUCUGAAGUUAAAGUCUAGAAUCAAGGUAUAUCAUCUGACUCUGAUGACGAUGAUGAUGAAGAUGGAGGUGAUUGCUGUGAAGAUGAAAACUCUGAAGGGCAUGAUGACUUAUCUCCAAGUGAACUUUAGGAGUUACAAAAUGACAUAAUCAAAGCAAUUGAAAGUUUUGAUAGAAUGUACAAUAAAAGUGUUUUGAGAGGUAAAAAAGGAAAGAAAAAGGGAAAAAUUUAGGGUGAAAUGAGUAAUCUAAAAUCAAUUUAGAUUGAUCGGAUGAACAAUGAAGAAAUGUAGAAAGAUUAGAAUUCUUAUCCAAAUAAAGAACCCUAUACAUCUAAAAAUCAAAAGAAAACUUAAUAAGUUGGUUAAAUUAUUACGACUCAAUAAAAUCUUACUAACUCUUUUAUCAAUACAGGAGUAUAAAAGAAUUAGCUUAAGAAAUAAGCUAAUCAACUUUAGCAGAUUCCUAAUACUAAUAGAAUUAUAAAGAAUGAUAAUAUCCCUUCAUAGUACUAAAAAUUUAUCAGUCAAAAUUAGAGUGCUGGAAGAUAAGUAAUUGGAAUGGUUUAUGGAGAUAAAAUGUAGAAUUUGUCCACUUAGCCUCUAUAAGUUUCUGGAUUAAUACUCAAACAUAAUCAAAAUUAAAUGAAUUAGCAAAACUAAUCAUUGAACAAGUCAAAAUACUCUGAUGUCAGCAAAUUUCAGGUCAGUGAUUAAUCAGACAAGGAUCAGUAAAAGAUAGUUUAUCAAGGUGUAUCAAGUAAUGUGAGAAAUCUCUUAAAGUAUGGACCUUAAAAUCUAGGGAAUAUUGUAUCUCUAAAUCAAAGAAACUCUUUGUUAGCUGGGUCUGGUCAGUAAAUGAUUUAAUCAAGAUCUUAAGAUAAGUACAAAGUUAAUGACACAAAUCAGAGUUAAUAAGAAGUUCCAUUUAUGAAAUCUUUUGAAUAAUUCUAGGGAUAAGGAAAGUUCAUAUCUAAAUCAUCAAACCAAAGACCUUACUAUAAUUAGCAACAAUACUAGGUCUAGGAAAAUCUCAGCAUCUAAUCUUACCAAAAAGAAUAGCAAUAAUAAUAGUAUGAUCAAAAUAAUCCUUCAAUAUAAAAUUCAAGAAUGAGACUUGCAUCUCAAAGCAAAUCUAGUAGAAUUUUAAUUACUAGCGAUUAAGACAUUCCAUCAACAAUAAACACGAAGAGUAAUCGGUAGCAAGUUGGAGUUGCAAGUUUAAAAACACCAAGCAGUAAGAUAAUUUAGAAUCAAGGAAUCGUAAUUAUUGGAACACCAAAGUAAUAGUAAUAGCAAGCAAAUUAUGAUGAGAAUGCGAAAUCUAAAACCAAUCGGCCAUACUCGUUUAGCACUCAUAUUGGAGAUGGUCUUAAUUUCAAACCAGCUCCAUUUGAAAAAUCUUAUGGUGGUACUCAUCAAAAUAACCUACAUAAUAGAAGAGAGCAAAAUGUAGGUCUUUUGUCUAAUCAAUAGAAUCAUUAAAUGUAUAAAUCUGAUAAUGAUCGUUAGCAACCACAUUACAGACAGACAUUUUUUUCUGAACAAUAGUAAUAGCAAUACAUUUAGUAGCAGCAGUAAUAAUAGCAAUAAAUGUCAAUGUCUAAUAAUUAGUCAUUAAUAAUAUAGAAUAUUAUCAUAGGAAACUUUCACAAUGAUCAACGAAUCUAAAUAACCUCACCAAAUUCAACGAUAAAUGAUAAUAACAUUGAUAUCAAUCAGGAAUUGAUAAGAGAGUAACUUCUGUAGAAGCACAAAAAGAAGAGAAGAAAAUCAAAGAGAAAGUCUAAAGAUAAAAGAUUCAUGAAACUAAAUGAAUCAUAGCUCGUGAAUUAAAAUAAUGGAGUAAUCGGAUAAAGUUAUAUUUAUGGAGGAGAUAUAUCGAAAAAUAACCUUAUUACAACAGCAUUGACAGAUAUUGCAAGAGCUUAAAUAACGGGAAUUAAGUAUCAGUUCUCAGGAUAGAAUGAAAUCACAAACCCUUAUAGUGAGAACAUGAACAGUAAUGAAAAGAAAAGGAAAAUCAAUAAUAACAGUAAUAUUUAGAACAGCAUUUCGAAUAAUGUGUCAACAAAUAAUAUGCCAAGUGAUGGGGAAUAUGAAGAAUAAAGAGUAAGUAAUAAGAGAUCAAGUGUGUAAAGUUAGUAGCCCAAUCUAAAUCAUAACAAGAAAAAUUCAAUUGAGUAUGAGUAACUUGCUAAGAAUCAAGAACAUAUGAAGGAAAGCGUCCUUGGAUAAAAUUACAUCUACAAUCUAAGGCCUUUAAAAGAUUUGAUAGUCAAUAAUCUAAACCAAGUUAAAUAUGUUAAAAAUUAAUCAUCUGUGGAAUAACCCUCAAGAAAAGGAGGCAUUAUUGGAAGGUAAUUACACAAUGGCUUAAAAGAAACUUCUCACACAACUGAAACAAGCAGACUCAGUAAAUAGACAUUAAGGCUCAGAGAAAGCAAAUAAUGA